AGCCAUUUUGCCUCAGCUUUUUGUAUUCAAGUGGUGAUCACAUCAUCCGGCCAUGGCUCGCUCCGGUUCCACGGUGGCACCUUUGUUGGUGGUGGCUGCGUUUGCGUACGUCCUGAACUUCAGCCUCAGUGCUUCAUUUGUGGCACCACCACGCGCAGCUGAAAUGGCCUUGCAGCAGCAGCAACAAGCUGCCGUGCUGAGUGCUACUUUGGCAGCUGUGACAGCUCCCGCUCCUGCCUUCGCUGCCCGGGUUGAGGAGGAUGACGAGGGCUUUGAUUUGCGGAUCUUGGCAGUUCUGGCGCUCCCACUCUUCGCCGUGUCCUGGGCUCUCUUCAACGUAUGGCGAGUUGCAUUUCGUCAGGUGGUGCGAAUCGGUGAGAGUGAGAAGGGCAACCCCCUUUGAGCCCUCAGGAUCCCUCAGGUGUGCUUCAUCACCAGCUUUUUGCAGUGGCCAGCCAUCAUGGCGUGCAGCAAUUGGCAUCGAUGACCAGGUGCUGGACACGCCGUUUUCCUAAUAGCAGUGACGCUGGCACAAUCUAGAUUGCCCGGGCUUCGGAAGAACUUUACGCUUGAGGCACCCAGAUCAA